GAUUAUUUUCAGUAGUGGAGAGAGGUGGAAACAACACCGCAGAUUUACCCUGACGACCCUAAGGAACUUUGGGAUGGGGAAGAGAAGCGUUGAAGAGCGAGUUCAAGAAGAAGCCCAAUGCCUGGUGGAGGAGCUCAGGAAAACAAAGGGUCAGCCCACUGAUCCCACCUUCAUCCUUAGCUGUGCACCAUGCAAUGUGAUCUGCUCUAUCCUCUUCCGUGACCGAUUCAAGUACAAUGAUGAGAAAUUUCUCCAUCUGAUGAACUUGUUAAAUGAAAACUUCCGCCUCGUUAACGAACCAUGGAUACAGCUCUACAACUUUUUACCAGCAUUCGGAACAUACUCCCUGGAGAGCACAAAAGAAUUUUAAAAAUUAAUGAGGAACUUAAAGAUUUCAUUUUGGAAAGAGUGAAAGAGCAUCAGAAGGUCCUGGACCCCAACAACCCUCAGGACUACAUUGACUGCUACCUCUCCAAAAUGCAGCAGG